AAAGACGGGAGAAGAAGAAAGACGUUAGUUUACGUACAGACUUUAGCAACUACAAGCUAAUAAAGCUAAAUUAGCAGAUAUUCGUUUUUGUCCGCGGCUUUCAGCGGUAGUUUGGAUGGGGGCCUUGGGGAGCGAGCCCGAGUCUAUAGACUACUCGGUACAUGAAGCCUGGAACGAAGCCACCAACGUUUACCUGCUGGUCAUACUGGUCAGCUUCGGUCUGCUAAUAUACGCCCGGAAGAACAAGAGGAAGAUCAUGAGGAUCUUCACUCUGCCUCCCGCUGUGGGCAGCAGCCCAGAACCCAACUUCUACGACAGCCUCCAGAAGGUCCGCCUGCGGCAGCAGCUGGAGAUGUACUCCCUGGCCAGAAAGUUUGAGCAGCAGCAGACGGAGAGCGUUCAGCUCUCCAUGGAAUGACGAGAGGAUCCCUGCUGGUUCAAGCUUCCACUGACUGGACACAGGAAGGAGGAUCAGAGACAUUACUGCCGUCCUCCAAUCCUGUUUGUGACGUGGAUGGAUGAUCGGAUGGUACAGGAACAUGGAUUUCUACAAACACACACACACACACCAGUGUGGAUAAACCUCUACUUCAGAGACUAAAGAAUGAAGGAUUUCCUAAACAAGAGUCUGCACAGGGUCCCUGCAUGUUUGAGUUUGUUAAACUUGUUUCAUUUUGUAUGGUUUAGUGGUGAAAUAAGACAUUUUAAUUGUGUUAAUAAAAUAAGAGAAACGUGAA